ACGAUUUCAACUUGUGACUUGAAAGAGACGUGACUCAAUCUGCACACCUAUGUGACUCACACCCCAACUGUAAUGUCACACCCAAAUGUUGUGUGUGAAAUAUUUGUCUUACCAUUGGUGACCUUAUUCAAACCAACAUGACGACCAUCGGAAACAUGCAGACGUUUGAGGUGGAGAUGGACCGCCUGCCGCCAGUUUAUCAACCGGGGGAAGUUGUUGGCGGGACGGUCAAGUUGGAACUGAACCAGAGUAUGAAGCUCAAAGCUAUCCGAGUGAUCUUCCAAGGCCAGGCGUCUGUGGAAUGGGACGAGCUGACCUGGACAGACAUGCCCAAAAUGGCGGGAUCUGAGGUCUACCUGGAGGAGACCAGGACGAUUUACACUGCGGCAGGAGCCUUCAGCAAGAGUCUGCUUGGUCCGUUGGGAUCGUCCCUAAAGAAAGGCGCGCACUCCUUCCCGUUUGAGUGCACCCUACCAACGGACGUACCCGCUACGUUCAAAGGGGAGUUCGGUACCAUAAAGUACAAGGUACAGGCGGUGAUCGAGAGACCGUGGAACAAGUCGAACUACGUGUCACAGGCACAGUUCAUGAUACAGGACAUCUGUGACCCGAGCACGGACAGAGGAUGUCGGACGCCGUCGGUGGCUUCCAAAGACAAGACCACGGCGCGGUACUGCGGACUGGUGUCCCGGUCCGUGGAGCUGGAGGCCCGGACGGACCGCGGGGUGUACGGGCCGGGGGACCAGGUGCAGCUCACCGUGCACAUACGGAACCAGUGUGGCUGUAGGAUUACACAUACCAAGGCUACACUCACACGGGACAUAAUUUACCGCGGGAAGCUGAAGAAGAAGGGGAGUCGGAAGCAGCAGAAGAAGCUGGUAACGGACGUGGUGCUGAGUAGCCGGGGACGCGGAGUGGACCGCAGACAGAACAUGCAGUGGACCGAGCCGCUGGCCAUCCCCGCAGACGCGCCCGUCACUCUCAAGAACAGCAAACUUAUCUCCGUGGAAUACGAACUCAAGGUUUCAGCGAGGGCAUCCGACCCCAAAUAUGACUUGGAUGUUUACCUUCCACUGAGAAUCGCCUGUUUUCCUGACAUUUUAUCGGACAUCCCGUCCCCUCUCCCCUUCAAUGCAAGCUUCCCCUCCCCAAGGGGAACAUCCUCGGUAUCUUCCAAUACGAGCUUCCCCACCCCACGGGGAACACCCUCUGUGUCCUCCAACACAAGUUUCCCCACCCCAGGGGCGACCAGCUGGACGUCAGACCGGAGCGGCACGUCGGGUCGGGGUGCGUCUCAGUGGGACUCGCCAGGGGGCGCCGCUGCACUGCUUCCCGAGGAACCUCCACCUUCAUACGACGAGUGCAUGUCUCCUGGCACAACAACUACAUCUUCGCCGCCGAGACGGAAAGCACCACUUCCUCCAUCCAGAAUAUAACAAACUAUUCCAAGGAGUUGUUGCUUUCCCUGGACUACACUUAUCACAUUACCAACAAUUACACGAGUUUUGUUAGUAAAUUAUUUGAAAUAAUUUUUAAUGUUUCCCUAAUGUACCAGUCAUGUUUCCAUUUCAACUUCAAUUUGUAUAGUACAUAUAUCUUGUAGUUGUACAUGUGUGGUUUACUCAUCAGUGAUAAAGUAAAUGUACAUGAACUUAUAAAUCCAUGUCUUUGUCUUGUUGGUCUGUUUCGUUUGUGAAGGGGGGGUUGGCGAAAGCUUAACGUGAGAGUUUCUACCACUUCCGCAUCUUGGAAUUGACAAUCCAACAAUUUGCAUUCUUCUCCGAUAUAAAGGCCAAGCAGACACAAGCGCAAUUAUUCUUUGAUGUCUAAUGCCCCAACAACGUUGUUAUGCCACCAAAUGGAAAAGCUGCUAAGAAAGCCGACAACUACAACAUAAAGCAACAGAAACGAUUUAUUUUGAAACGAUUGUUGAGUAUAAUGAUUGCACAAGGUGCUUGAUCCAAAACAAGGUGGAACCUACGUGGUAUAAUGAACACUUAGUAGGACAAUGCACUCAUUGUCUACUCAAACCCUGCAAAUAUGAAGACGUAACACAAAGAAAUUGAGAAAAUGAUUUUUACUUAAUCUGCUUCACCAAAAGAACAGGUUGACAAACAUGAUCAGUUUGUACUUCUACUAGUAUCAGAACUCUUCAACAACACUACGCAGUUUUACUUAGUUGGACCUACAUGUAAAGAAAAGAAAUAUUUAUCAACUCAGCUAUUUUUUAGAUAAGUAA